AGUGGCUGAUAGAGGGGGAGAAUGAACGAGAGAGGGCUCGCGCUCCCUCCCUCCCCCUCUCUCCUCUCGAGCGCACCGACUGUGACUCCGCUCCCUCUCUCCUACAUUCAAACAUGGCGAAACUCUUUGCCAUUAUACCACCACCGUCACCCUCACCUUUCUCCAGUCCAUCGCUGUCAUCACCACCAACGCCAUCACCAUCUUCGCCACCAUCGUCACCGUUAUCUCCGGUAGCGUGAUGACCCGCGAGGAUGGAGAAGUUGUCGGCGAGCCUGUCGGAGAUCACUUGGAGCCCGUUGGCGCUGCCGCUGGACGCGGUGGUCAGCAAGUUCCGUCUGCCCACUCUGGUCCGCCUGGCCCACGGUGAAUGUGUGGAGGGUCUGUCAGAGGACGAUGUGGUGCUCUUACACUCCUGCCGUCAGUGGACCACAGUGACGGCCCACAGCUUAGAGGAGGGUCACUAUGUAAUUGGUCCCAAAAUUGACAUCCCUCUGCAGUAUCAGGGCAAAUUCAAGUUGCUGGAUGAAGACCGGGACGUCAGGGAUCCAGUCCAGUAUUUCUCUAGUGUGGAGGAGGUUGCUGGUGCCUUUCCAGACCGAGUUUUUGUCAUGGAGACGAUCACUUUCAGUGUCAAAGUUGUUUCAGGGGAAUUUAGUGAAGACAGUGAGCCCUACAGUUUCACUCUGCAGGCUGGAGAUGAGCUGUCGCUCAUGGGGAAAGCAGAGCUUCUCUGUGCCACUCCCUCAAAGGAAAAGACGGGACUGAGCGCGCUUCUUAGACGACUAGGAAAGACUCCCAGAAGUAAAACGCCCUGCCUGGUCUGCAUGAACCAUCGCACCAAUCAAAGUGUCAGUUUGCCCUUUGGCUGCCGUGGACGCUUCUGCACACGCUCUCCACUGGAGCAAGGCAUGCUGGGGGGGGAGCACACGGUGCGCAGCAUCAUCGAGAGAGUCCGCCUCCCCGUCAACGUGUCUGUGCCGUCGAGGCCGCCACGAAACCCCUACGACCGUCACGCAGUACGAGAGGGCCACCGCUACAAGCUGCUCAACAUAGUCAGCAAGACGGUGGUGCUCUGCAUGGUUCUCCGCCAUCAGGAAGUCUCCCCCUCCCACUUUUUGUUGCUGCGUUGCAUGCCCCGGUUUAAUGUGGCCGAGGCCUCCGUGCACAAAGCAGCAUUGGAGAGCCUUCUUCUGCGACAUGCAUUUGACCCAGAUGCCUACUCUCGUGCUGUUAGAGAAACUCGGCCAGAAUUGGAGUGUAUGACUGAGGAGUGUGUGAGCCCACGGCGCUCUCGCGUGUGCGUGUCGAGCCAGGACUCAUUGGCACCGGCACUGCAGCGUCUCUCAAUGUGCGGGUAUGUUGGUGGAGUCUCAGACAGCGUAUCUCAGCGCUGCAGGGACUCCCUUGGAGAGCGGCUAGGGGAGGGGCCAGGUGAGGAGAGGGAGUAUGUGACUCCUGAAUGGACUGAGGGUGAAAUGAGGACCGCUGAGGAAAUCCCUUAUGAGGAACUCUGGACCAAUCAAAAUGCAGAGGGCUUAGGAAAGGAGCCAAACCUCAUAUCCUUCCAUUCAUCUUCCUCACUGGAUGGUUCUCUUGGUACCGUGGUGACAAGAGUGUCUACCCCGCCACCUGUACCUCCAAAAUCUGAUGCUGUGAGAGAGGAGUGUCGCUAUUUGAUCGCCCCUCCAGUUCCCCCUCGUUGCUCCAAAGGAGGCUCCAUCUCCAGUCCAGCUCCCAGCCCUCCUGUUCCACCUCGCUUCCCCAAAACGUCCACCUCCCCGAGACCAAACAUCUCCUUUUACUCCUCUGGACUACAGGACAGUUGCUCCCCCUCCCCCGAUGCCUCCCUCUACUGUUACCCGUGCUCUUGGGGUGACUGCUCUGCCCCUAAUCCUACUAGUCCUGAGCCUGUCUCUGGCAUCCCUACAGACAACACAGCCAAUCCUCAGCCUGCACAAGCCACCUGGGCAGAGCCAUGGGUGGAUUCCUUCACUUCCUCUGGACUUCGACUCAGACCGCCACCCCCACAGAGUCGAUUUGCUCCCUUUGGGGCGUUGAACCCCUUCAACCGCCAGUCCCCUUGUCCCUCGCCUGAGCCUGCUCCCAAUUCCACAACAGAUUCUUCCAGAGGCGCGGAGGGUGGUGGGACAUCAACAGGAGUCCCUGAGGGGUUGUCCCCGCUCCCUGACCCUACCUGGCGACCUCCCGCUGACCUGUCUGCUCUGUCAUUGGAGGAAGUCUCAGCUUGCCUGCGGUUUAUUGGCCUAUCAGAGGCAGCGGUGUCCGUGUUCCAAAGGGAGCGAAUCGAUGGCAGCUUGCUGGUGCAGCUGACUGAAGAUAUCUUGUCACAUGACUUCCACCUGAGCCGACUCCAUGUGACCAAGAUCACACAAUUCAUACAGGGCUGGAGGCCCAAAAUCUAAUAUACACACUGUCCUGAGAAUGUGCCUGUUGGCUGCUGAGCCUCCCUGAAUGUGCCUUCCACUGUGACCAACUGGCUGCUGAGCCCAAUGAAUGAAACUGAAGGAAACAACGCCACACUGUGGUCAAACUGUAGAAUUGACACUUGACUGGCUCUAAUGCUCAAAGUCAGACUGACAUGUUUCCUGUCUGAAUCACAGUCUGGCACUACUUUACUAACAAAUGGCUACAACAGAGAGCUCCAGGAUAAAAGUGCCCUCUUUGGAACUUAAAGUCUGAUUUAAACAAUGUGUGGCGUUCACACCGUUCAACUUAGAAUUUGAUAUGCAGGGGAAAUUUCUAUCAUUUUACUUUAAAUGAGAUUUGAUGAAUGAACAGAAUUUCAGCACUUUUUAGACACUUUAUUUAGUCAUCAAUAGGUGUUAAAUUAAUUUCAAGACAAGGUAAUUUAAGGAAUUGUAACAUUUUGACCCUAUACAGGUCAUUUAGACAUCCUUCUUUAUUCACUGAGUUUCAGUGGAAUGUAAUUGGCACAGAUAAAGUGGGAGGUUGUUGUAAAUUAAAACUACCUUCAAAAGAACAAUGAGGAAAAUAUGAAAAAUAUCAGACCUCUGAGCAGUCAUUGACAAAAUUACUGAGGUUUUGGACUGAUUUUUUUUUGGUACAGGUCAGUCUAUGCUUCGGGAGGGAUGAUAUUUUUAUUAACAGUCCCUUUAAAGGUAACAAUGAGUGUUAUAGUAAAACUCAGAAAUGGAGUUGUAAGAGUACCUCAGAUUUCUCAUCCACAUAGAUUGAUCAAAGUCCUACAAUAUCAGGAAUUGUCACCACUCAGUUUCCUUGGAAAGCUAAUAUUUCUGCCACUACCUUUGCUGCCUUUUUCACCCACUGUUUUAGAUCCAUCUGUGAGUGCUUUGUUUCUGUUAUAAUCUCUUGUAACAUCUGCAGAUGACCUAAAAUAAAGACAGAAAAGCAACAGCGAGAGAGACAGGGGAGAAUUCUUCAUUGAACUUGCUCCACCUGGCCGAGCAUGAGGUUAUCAGCACAAACCUCAUCUUCAGAUAGCAGACAUUAGAAACUGAUAAUGAAUGUAGUCGAAUUUUGUAAUAAGUUAACACAGCUACUCUUUGCUUUUCUACAUAGCAUAAAAAAGCCCAAGUUAUUAAGUCUUGGACAGAACAGCUGUGAAGUUUGUUCAAUGAAUUAAAAAGAAACUCACAUAAAAAUGUAUAAUAAAUAAACAAAAAAAAAUUCUACCUAAAAUCACUGAGUCAGAAAAAUGAUAAUAAGCACAACACUUCAGUUUCUCUUCUUAGAGCAUUAAAAAUGAGAUGUUUUUACUAGAGAUGGACCGAUCCGAUAUUACGUAUCGGUAUCGGUCCGAUACUGACCUAAAUUACUGGAUCGG